UUACUGUGUGCGUGUGAAUGUACUGUAUACGUGUGCAGAUACGCACGUGUAUUCAGGAGCGUAUGUUACAUGAGAUUAAUAUUGCCUAAUUAAAUGUGUUUAUUUCUUUAUCUCAGAAAAUCUAAAGCAGUCCACAGUAGCUGGCAAGCGCCCCCCAGUUUGAACCAACCUGUUAGCUAGAAUCCAAGCAUAAACCGAGCAGGCGAGAAAAAAGGCACCUAAAGUUCGAGCAUCAAGGAGUAAAGAGGGAGGGUGGACACAGAUAUAAAGACCUGGAAGAGGGGAAGUCUUUAUCAAGCAAAAGACAAAGCCAACACCAGGUUGAGACUUCGGCUUUCCUACAUUUAUUCAGAGUUCCAGAGUCAAAGCCAAGUCUGAUUUUGUUGGUUCUUCGCUCUUAUAAAGUCCAUCUUGCAAGCCUUAAAGAGUAAAGGUCAAGGUUCAAGAUCAAGUGACGUUGAGUAUCCUUAACAGCUAGUCAUAUUUGAAGAUGUUCGUGAUGCUGAAGAUGCACUUUAUAACCUCAAUAGAAAGUGGGUAUGUGGCCGUCAGAUUGAAAUACAGUUUGCACAAGGUGAUCGAAAAACACCAGGCCAAAUGAAAUCAAAAGAACGUCACCCUUGUUCUCCAAGUGAUCAUAGGAGAUCCAGAAGCCCCAGCCAAAGGAGAACUCGAAGUAGAAGUUCUUCAUGGGGAAGAAAUAGGAGACGGUCUGAUAGCCUCAAAGAGUCUCGACACAGGCGAUUUUCUUAUAGCCAAUCUAAAUCUCGCUCCAAAUCACUACCAAGGCGGUCUACCUCAGCAAGGCAGUCGAGAACUCCAAGAAGGAAUUCUGGCUCUAGAGGACGGUCAAGGUCCAAGUCCUUACCAAAAAGGUCUAAGUCAACAGGAAAAUCACAAUCGAGUUCACCUCAAAAGCAGACUAGCUCAGGAACAAAAUCAAAAUCACACGGAAGGCAUUCUGACUCCAUAGCAAGAUCCCCUUGUAAAUCUCCCAAGGGCUACACCAAUUCUGAAGCUAAAGCACAAACAGCAAAACACUCUCAUUUUCCAUCACAUUCCAGAUCUCGGAGUUAUCGUCAUAAAAACAGCUGGUGAACGGCCACAGAAGAGCGCUGCAUAGUCUGGAAUGUGUUAUUAAACCUCUCACUAUGUUAAAUAAAAUUCUUCAAGUCUUAUAGAAAAUGUGAGUUACUUUGGGCAUGUGCAACAAAUAAAAUCUCUCUAGCUUCGGGUUAAUAAAGACUUGGUCUCAAUUUAAAGGGCCCAUACCGCAAAUUAUGAUGUGUCUGAUGUUGCCAUUUUAUGGACCGUUUUUUGUUUACAUUGUGGCAGAAGGAUACUUUUCAAAGGAAAUGGGUAAAAUGGAACUAAUGUAGAAUAUUCUACCUGGAUAUUAAGUAUUAGUAAUAUUAGUGAUACCUUUACAAAGUAUUUUUUACUUUAAAGCACUUUUACUUUCAUGUAAAAAGUAAUUAUGACUGUAUAAUUCCAUAGGGCAGAUUUAAACAACUUGACAUCUCAUGUCUCUCUUGUAUCUUCUGUUUAAACUUGGGCUAAUUCCUAGCGGAUAUUAGUUCACAUUACAAAAUUCUGACAUUCCUAAAAGUAGAAUUUAUAUAGAGAUCAGCCAUUCAAAAGAUACAUUCUCUCCUGAGCUGAGAAAAGCUUUUAUUUUUACUGUGUGGAACAGUAUAGAUGAGUUGACAUUAAGUUGCGUCCUGUACAAUGUUCAUUC